AUACACAACAAAAUUACCUCCUCAACCAACAUUCUCUCAUAUUUUUUACUCUCUCGAUAUGUCUAAUUGUUGAUAUACAAAUAACUCAUAUAAAUAAAUUUUGUUACCAAAUGUCACAUCUCUAUCCAAAUAAAAAAAAUACCACAAAUUAUUUAACAAAUAUCCAAAAACGUGUCUGUGAAUAAUAGUCGUGUCUAAAUAAAAUUUUAAAAAAUAUUUUUUUUCACUCACAUUAAAUACAAUAAAUAUUUCAUCAACCAGCAGUACGACAAUGUGAUAACCUAUAAUUUGUAUCAAUUAAAUCCACAAUUAUAAAUUAUUUUUCUUUUUUUUUAUAACAAUAUGUUUAGUAUUGUACCUAUAAAGCAAGAGUAUUCAAGUGUUGAAGAAGAGAAUCAAACGGCAUCAAAUGGUUUACAGAAUAAUCACCAUCAUCAUCACCACCAUCAUCAUCAUCAAGAGUAUCCGCUAUUUACACACCAAGACGUCGAAUACAUGUAUCGCCAAUUACCACAAUUUUGGAGUCAAUCCCAAAUGCAAUCAGCAGCAGCUGCAGCAGGGCAUAUUGAUGCAUCUUUAAAUAAAUCAACCGGUCAACAUAAUUUAUUACAACAUUCCGAAAGAUUACCCGGACCAUCAUAUAUUCAUCAGGAGACUGUUUACAGCCAAGACCCCAAGCCACCACGUGAGCAUCCAUCAUGUCUGCCAUCAUCAGAAAGCUCCCAAAUAUUAUUAUCACCCCCGCCAAUACCUGCGCAUUCCAUGGCCAAUCACACAAUAGCAUUCAUGCGUACUCAGACAUUUCCCGUUCGUCACAACGGACCUGGUAGGCCACCAAAAAAUUCGCUGACAAUCCCAAAUCUGACCUCACUUGGCUCAACAUUUGCACGACCAGGACAUCUGGGUAACACAUCAGCACCUGGUACAAUAUCUAGCCCAUCAACAACAACCGGUACAUCAACAAUCGAUACCACCACAACCUUAGAGGCGUCAAGUUCACGUAAUUCCGAUACAUCAACACCUGGUCUUCCUGGUACACCUGGUCCAGGUCUACCCGGGACACCAGGACCCACUGGACCAAACGGUCCUGGUCCUGGUAAUGGUAGUGGUGGUCCCGGUACAAGUAACAAUUCAUCAACAUCAAAUUCACCAGCGAAAAUAAAACCUAAAUGUCAAUGUGAAAUUUGUCAUAAAGAAUUUGGUCAUAAAAGUAAUUUAUUUAUUCAUAUGCGUACACAUAAUGGUGAGCGUCCAUAUAAAUGUAAUCAAUGUGAUAAAUGUUUUACACACAGUGGUAAUUUAGCGAUUCAUAUGCGUACACAUUCUGGUGAACGUCCAUAUGCAUGCCAAAUUUGCGGUAAAAUGUUUAGUCAUUCGGGUAAUUUAUCAACGCAUUUACGUACACAUUCUGGUGUUAAACCAUAUAAAUGUACCGUUUGUAGUAAAGAAUUUCGUCAUAGUGGUAAUUUAUCAAUACAUGAACGUAUACACUCGGGGAUUAAACCAUUUCAGUGUAAAAUAUGUGGAAAAGAAUUUUAUCACAGUGGUAAUUUAACGACGCAUAUGAAAAAACAUCCAAUGGAUAAGGAUAGCAUGGUAGGAGGAUUUGUUGGUGGUAGAGGACAUGGUCAUCCAAUAGUCGUUGAUGAUCAACAAGUUGAAGUACAGAUUGAUGGCACAAGUCAGAUGGACUCUGUCAUGGACACGACAAUGGAUGAAGAAGAAAGAUUAGACCCUAGUGCUGCUUGUUCUGCUGAAAUUUCUGAAGCAGAUGACCAUGAGGCUGAACGUGUAUUUGAACCGUCUAGUUAAUGGCAAUAAUUAUUUUUAAAAUAAUUUAAAGUUUAAACAUAACGAUAAAAAACAGACAGACAACUAAAAAUAUAAAGCCAAUAAAUUAUUUUUUAAUAAUUAUUAACUAUUAAUUAUUAGUGUAAUUACAGUUACUUUUUUUCUAUGGCAACGGUUGCUAAGGAAAUAUUUACCUGAUUUUUAAGGUUUUUAGUUUCAUUCAUUCGUAAGAUGGAAUGAAGUUCCUUGUAAUGAAUAUUUUAAAAUGGAAGCUUGGUUUUUUGAGAUAGAAAUCGGAUUAUGAGUAACAAUUUUGAGGAUACUGGAAUAAAUUUUUUAUAGAUUUUGUUGCCGGCUAUUCGUAAGAUGGAAUGAAGUUUCCUAUGGAAGCGAAAAUUUUGAUUUCUUUAGGAACAAACUAUAAAAGUUAUUAAAUUGAACAAAAACUAGAGGCAUAGCAACGGUUGCUAUAACAAUUUUAUCAUAUUUUUUUAGUUUUCACUUCUGCAGAUUCGUAAGAUGGAAUGAAGUUCUCUGAAUUGAAUAGCCAGAAAUGAAAACGAAAUUUUUUUAGAUAAAAAUUAGAUUAUUAGCAACAAUUUUGAGGUUACUGGGAAAAAUUUUAUGAAUUUUGUUCCUGUUUUUCCGUAAGAUGGAAUGAAGUUUCUUAUAGAAGCGAAAAAUUUUAUUUUGUUAGAAACAAGCUACAAAAAUUAUCAAAUUAGACAAUAACUAGAAACAUAGCAUCGGUUGCUAAAACAAUUUUAUCAUAUUUUUUUAGUUUUCACUUCUGCAGAUUCGUAAGAUGGAAUGAAGUUCUCUGUAGUGAAUAGCCAGAAAUGAAAACGAAAUUUUUUUAGAUAAAAAUUAGAUUAUUAGCAAAAUUUUUGAGGCUACUGGAAAUUUUUUUAUAGAUUUUAUUUCUGUCCAUUCGUAAGAUGGAAUGAAGUUUCCUAUGGAGUCAAAAAUUAAAAAUUUUUUUUGGAAUGAUCUAUAGAAAUAAUUAAAUUAGGCAACAAUCAGAGCCCAUAAAAUCUUAAAUCUACUCGUAAGAUGGAAUGAAGUUUUUGUAUCAAUUAUUCAAAAAUGAAAAUUAAUAAUUUGAAAAGCAGUCAGAAAUCAUGACCCAUAGCAACCGUUUCGACUAAAACAGUUGCUAUAAAAAUAUUAUCGCUCCUUGGAAAGUUUUCAAUCCUUCCUUUUUAAGAUGGAAUGAAGUUUUCUAUGGAACUGAAUAUUGGAAAGUUUUCAAGAAUAAAAAAUAAAAGAUGAUGCAAAUCAGAUCCUUAGCAACCGUUUUUUAUUAUAACAGUUGCUAGGGAAUCAAUUUCCUACUUUCUAUAGUUUUCAACCGUCAAUUUUUAAGAUGGAAUGAAGUUUUGUAGGAAACUAAAGAGCAACAAAUAUUUUCGAAAUUAAAAAUAUAAAAUGGAAUAAAUCCGUGCCCUUGAGGUUAAAAAUCCGAUAUUUAUAAAAAUCUUUUUCUGUACAAUUAAAAAUCAAAAAUUUCAAAAUUUGAAUUUAAAAAUAUUCUCAUCCUGAUUUAUUUCAUUAUUAUAAUUUUAUUUAAAGUAAAUUACAAAAAAUAUUUAAACAUAUUUUAGGUUAAUUUGAAAUCUUAACAGAAUUUGUUGCAGAAUUUUAUCCGCCAUCUUUAUAAAAAAUAAGUUUAAUUAAAUUAUUUUUAGAAAUUGAAAAUAAAAACUAUAGAAAUCAAAAGCAACCGUUUUCAUUGCAACUGUUACUAAAAAAAAAAAAAAAACAUAAGUAUUUCUAUAGUAACUGUUGCUAAAAUUAAUUCUAUUGUAAUUAUUUCUGAAAAAAAACCUUUCCGUAGCAACCGUUGCUAAGGAAGUGCUUCCAUAGCAACUAUAGUUAUUUUAAAAUAAGCCGGGCUUGUUGGUACUCAUUUUAAAGGAAAUAAUAUUUCCUAAACUUAUAUAUAUACAAAUAUAUAUAUAUAUAUAAAUAUAAAUCAUUUUAUAAUCAUUGUUUUUACAAUUAUGACAAAAUUUAAUUAAUUAUAAAUUUAAACGUAAAUAUAAGUUUAAAAAAAAAAAUUAUUAUAACUGUAUAAAUUUUUCGUCUUUUAAAAUGAUUACCAAUUUAUAAUAUUACGAUGUAUCUGUUUGUUGGACACAUCUAUAAAUGUGCUGCAAUUAUAUUUAUAUUAAUUUGUAAUUGCUGUGAAUAAUAGUGAUUUUUGUUAAUCGCCUUAAAAA